CAUGCGUGCGCCGUACAAAGCAUUUGGCGGGUUUUUCCGGGCUAAACUGUUUUGCUUCCAUCAGUGAGAAGCUCUGCGGUGGCUUUUAGGAAGCAGGACGUUCUCCCCAGGAGAACGAACUUCUCAAGAUUUCUGUUUUCUUCCUCUCGGCGUUUGAGGGCUUCAAAAAAAAAGAGAGAAAGAAAAAAGUGUUUCUCCGUGUCUGACGACUGGGGCCUUCUGACCGCCUGAUCUUGGUCCAUUUGGUCACUCUCAGCCUCAGGCCUUCGGAGGGUGAAAGGAUCAGAGGGACCUCGUUCUGCUCAUCGAUCUCCACGCUUGUGGGUUUCUUGGUGUCAGGUCGGAGCUAGGGUGGGCCCGGCCCCGAUCCCCCUCCUGGGUCAUCAUGGCUGUGUCCGCCCAGCUCUUGGUGGAGGAGUUGCAGAUCUUCGGCCUAGAAUGCGAGGAGGCUGUGAUUGAGAAAUUUCUUCCUCAGUUUCUGAGCAAAAGAUUAUCCAAAACCCGGCAUGGUGCCUCCAAGAACAAAGUGCACGGCCAUGCAGGAGCCAGAGACAUUGUUUCCAUACAAGAGCUAAUUGAAGAGGAAGAGGAAGAGGAGACCCUCUUGAACUCUUACACCACACCCUCUAAGGGUUCUCAGAAGCGAACUGUCACCACCCCAGAAACCCCCCUCACAAAAAGGAGUGUGUCUGCUCGGAGCCCCCAUCAGCUCCUCUCACCGUCGAGUUUCUCUCCAAGUGCUACUCCCCCUCAGAAAUACAGCUCGAGAAGUAACCGGGGAGAAGUGGUCACCUCCUUUGGCUCGGCGCAGGGGGUAUCUUGGUCCGGGAGAGGAGGAACUAGUCACCUCAGCCUGAAGGUCUUGGGACAUCCAGAGCCACUCACCGGGAGCUACAAAUGCAUGUUUCAGAAGCUCCCAGACAUUCGAGAAGUUCUGACCUGUAAGAUAGAAGAACUUGGCAGUGAACUCAAGGAACAUUACAAGAUUGAGGCUUUUGCUCCCAUUCUAGUCCCAGCACAGGAGCCUGUUACCCUGCUGGGCCAGAUUGGCUGUGACAGCAAUGGGAAGCUGAACCACAAGUCGGUGAUUCUGGAGGGAGAUCUGGAACAUUCCUCAGGCGCUCAGAUUCCAGUGGAUCUAUCUGAGCUCAAAGAAUAUUCUCUAUUUCCUGGACAGGUGGUGGUCAUGGAAGGAAUCAACACCACAGGUAGAAAACUUGUUGCCACCAGACUCUACGAGGGUGUGCCACUUCCGUUCCAUCAGCCCGAUGAAGAGGAUGGAGAUUCUGAGCAGUUCAUGGUCCUGGUGGCCUGUGGGCCGUACACCACAUCUGACAGCAUCACCUUUGACCCCCUGCUCGACCUGAUCACCAUCAUCAACCGCGACCGACCGGACGUCUGCAUCCUGUUUGGACCUUUCCUGGAUGCUAAGCAUGAACAGAUUGAGAGCUGUCUGCUGACAAGCUCAUUUGAAGAUGUUUUCAAGCAAUGUUUCCGAACAAUUAUUGAAGGAACACGAAGCUCCGGCUCCCACCUCAUCUUUGUCCCGUCACUGAGAGACGUGCACCACGAGCCCGUGUACCCACAGCCUCCCUUCAGCUGCUCUGACCUGCUUCGAGAGGACAAAAAGCGAGUGCAGCUCGUGUCCGAGCCCUGCACCCUCUCCAUAAAUGGAGUGAUCUUUGGCUUGACGUCCACCGACCUGCUGUUCCACAUGGGGGCCGAGGAGAUCAGUAGUUCUUCUGGAACUUCAGACCGGUUCAGCCGAAUCCUUAAGCACAUCCUGACCCAGCGGAGCUACUACCCGCUGUACCCACCCCAGGAGGACGUGGCCAUCGACUACGAGAACUUCCGCCUCUACGCUCAGCUGCCCGUCACCCCCGACGUCUUCAUAGCCCCAUCAGAGCUGAGAUACUUUGUGAAGGACAUCCUCGGCUGUGUCUGUGUGAACCCGGGGCGCCUCACCAAAGGGCAGGUGGGGGGCACCUUCGGCCGUCUCUAUCUCAGGAGGCAGACCGCCGGCGGCGAGGGGAGGCGGAGCCCGUGUGCUGCUGCCCAGGUGGUCAGGAUCUGAGCCGUUGUCCUUCGUCACCUCUGUCGCGCGGGCCUCCCAGACGUCGGGCCUGGGAGCAGCCGUCUGAUGAGAUCCCACCCAUGGAAGCAGGGGAGCAAGCUGAGGGCAGGGUGCCCUGCGGGAAGGCCCCGGGCAGCUGGUCCCCAGCCCUGAGUCCAGCUUCUCUGGAAGAAAGCAGUUGUUUCUUCCUGGACACUCGGAGUCCAGAGAGAACUGGCCGUGGGUGCAGCACGCUCAGGAAGGUCAAGGCUUUACGAUUUCUUAUAUGAGUCAGACAGAAAAAUAACUUUGGGAGAAAUAAAAUAAAUUCUGUAACUUCUGCAUUGAA